AUGGAUGCGACUACUGCCCCACACCUCAUCCCCCCGGAAAUGCUUCAGUACGGGGAGGACAACCACAUCUUCGAGAUGAUGCAGAACAUGCUGGAACAGGUCCUGAUCCACCAGCCAGAGGAUCCUAUCACCUUCAUGAUCAACCACCUGCGCCGGAACAACGACAGCGUGCCGAAGGUCGUGAUAUUAGGUCCGCCUGCCUCGGGGAAAACCACCAUCGCAAUGUGGCUCUGCAAACACCUCAACAGCAAUCUCAUCACCAAGGAGAACUUACUAGAAAAAGAGUUUUCCCAAAUGGCUGAGGAAGCCAAGAAACACUACGAGAUUUACAAGAGGAUUCCCAAUUCGAUGCUCAUCAGCCUGGUUCAGGAGCGCCUGAAUGAGGACGACUGUCUCAGGAGGGGCUGGAUCCUGGACGGCAUCCCUGAGAGGCGGGAGCAGGCGCUGAUGAUCCAGACUGUGGGACUGGCACCCAGGCACGUCAUUGUGCUUAAUGCUCCAGACACGGUCCUGAUCGAGAGAAACAUGGGGAAGCGGAUCGACCCUGACACUGGAGAGAUCUACCACACCACCUUCGACUGGCCCCCCGAGCCUGAAAUACAGAACCGGCUGAUAGAGCCAGAAGGCAUCUCGGAGAUAGAGACAGCGAAGAGGCUGUUGGAAUACCACAGAAACAUCGUCAGGAUUCUUCCUUCCUACCCCAAAAUCCUGAAAACCAUCAGCGCAGACCAGCCAUGUGUGGACGUCUUCUACCAGGCUCUGACUUACGUCCAAACUGGCCACCGAUGCAAUGCCCCGUUCACCCCCAAGGUGCUGCUAUGUGGGCCGUUGGGCAGUGGGAAGAGCUUGCAGGCGGCCCUCCUGGCCCAGAGAUAUGGCCUUGUUGACAUCUGCUGCGGGCAGCUGCUGAAGGAAGCUGUGGCAGCCAAGUCAAGCUUCGGGGAGCUCAUCCAGCCGUUCUUUGAAAAGAGGAUGACAGUGCCAGACACCAUCAUCACCAAGGCUCUGGCUGAACGUCUGAGCCAGCAAGACUGCAUCCAGAAAGGGUGGGUGCUACACGGCUUCCCAAGAGACCUGGACCAGGCACGGAUGCUGACCUCUAUGGGCUACAGUCCCAACAGGGUGUUCUUCCUGAAUGUGCCAUUGGACUCCAUCCUGGAGAGAAUGACGCUGAGAAGGACCGACCCUGUCACAGGAGAAAGGUUCCAUCUCAUGUAUAAGCCUCCUCCCACCAUCGAGGUCCAGGCCCGUCUCCUGCAGAACCCCAGGGACUCAGAGGAGCACAUCAGGCUCCAAACAGACCUCUUCUACAGGAACUGCGGGGACCUGGAGCAGUACUAUGAGCGGGCCAUCACUGUCAAUGGGGACCAGGACCCAUACACAGUCUUCGAGUACAUAGAGAGCGGGAUCAUCAAUCCUCUGCCCAAGAAAGUGACCUGAUGCGUGCAGAGCCAGGAGCAAGCCCUGGAGACCCUAGAAUCCCCUGCCCUCAACCUUUGGCAGGCAUCCCCCCUGCCUUUGACCAAUAAAGA